AUGGGUCAUAUGACACUUUGUGAUGAGACUUCGAUUGAUGGCAUAUCAUAUUUCCUUCCACACCAUGGUGUAUUAAACGAGCAAAGUCAAACAACUAAACUUAGAGUUGUCUUUAAUGGGUCUUCUUCUACUGAUACUGGUGUGUCACUGAAUGAUAUCCUACAUACUGGGUCGAUCAUUCAGGAUGACUUAUUGGAUAUUCUGCUUAGGUUUAGGCAGUUUAAUGAGGUUGUUUGUGCGGACAUUGAAAAAAUGUAUCGUAUGAUCUGGGUGGCUUCAGAACAAAGAUGUCUUCAAAAAAUCUUAUGGAGAAGAAAACCUGAUGAAGAUGUUCAGGAGUAUACUUUAAAUACUAUUACCUAUGGUACCAGGUCAGCAGCGUACUUGGCCAUACGCUGUUUGAAGCAGUUAGGAUUGGACAAUCUUGAACGACAAGUUAUAUGUUUGGAUCCAGUGGAGAUCCAAUUACACGGAUUUUGUGAGGCCAGUAUGGAAGCCUAUGGUUCUUGCGUGUAUAUAAGAAGUGUCGAUAAGAAUGGUUCUGUUAAGAUUUCAUUAAUUUCUGGGAAAUCAAAAGUGGUACCACUUAAAUCAUUGACCAUUCCUUGA